UACAGAUGGAGAAGAUACAAUAAAGGCAAUUAUGAGUAAAUAUAAUUUUUGUUAUACUUAAACAAAAGGAACAAGAUACUAUUCAAACAUUCAUUUAUAACCUAUAUCAAAUAAUAUGCUCCAUGUAGUUCAAGAAUUCUAAAGACUGAAAACAUACUAAUGGUUAUGAAAAUGGGGAAAAAAGACAUCAUACAAGCCGUAGUUAUUGCGGAUGAUUUUGUGACAAACUUAACACCCGUGCAAGAUAUAUUUCCAAGUGUUUUAAUGCCAAUUAUAAAUGUACCACUUCUAGAUUACUUAAUGGAAACCCUUAUUAAAUCUAGAAUACAAGAAUUGUUCCUUUAUUGUAGCAGUCAUAUAGAGUUAAUAAAAGCUUACAUAAAUGAGAGAAAGUGGUCGAGAAUAUCAGUUUCUUUGAUCAUAUCAGAAGGAUGCAGAUCUUUGGGUGAUGCACUUAGAGAUAUUGAUACAAAAGGUACCAUUCGUGCAAAUUUUAUACUUGUGCGAGGAGAUGCUUUUAUUAAUGCAGAUCUCACGAGUGCUUUAAAUGUUCAUCGUGGAAAGCUUGAAAAAGAUAAAGGAGCAACAAUGACCAUGUUAAUGAGAAACAUUGGUUCGACAAAUGAUUCAUUGUUGAAAAAGGAAACAUUUCUAUUAGUUUCUGAUAAAACUAAUAAGAAGGUUCUACAUUAUGAUAAAUUAAGGACUGAUGAGAAGAAGGUGAAAUUAGAAUUAAAUUGGUUUCUGGACCAUAGUGAGAUUGAGAUUAAUACGUGCUUUAUGGAUACUCAUGUUUAUUUAUGUUCACCUUCUGUACUUCCAUUAUUCUCAGAUAAUUUUGAUUUUCAAACAAUGGAAGAUUUUAUCCGAGGAGUGCUGAUGAAUGAAGAAAUUUUAAAUUCCCGAAUUUAUUGGCAGCAAAUGAAUCCUGAAGACUAUAGUCUACCAAUUGUGUCGUGGAAUGCAUACCAGACUCUUAACCGUGAUAUUUUAAACCGGCAUAGUUUUCCAUUUACUCCGAAUUCCAUUCAUUUUAUUCAUAUGCCAAGAAGCACUUAUAAACAUAGAAAUGCUUCUCUUGCUAAGGGGUGUACAUUAGAGGAAGACAGUGUGAUCUGUCAAAACAGUAUACUUGGGAAUGAUACGUCUGUUACAAGAUCUGUUAUUGGUGACAAUUGUUUAGUAGGCUGUAAUGUAACCAUUAAGAACUCUUAUAUACUAUCCAAUAUAAAAAUUGGAGAUAAUUGUACUAUUACAAACACUAUAGUAUUUCCAAAAUGUGUUAUUAAACAGGCCACACAUAUAAAUGGUUGUAUAUUAUGUCCUGGAACAAAUACUGAUGCUCACAUGGAAUAUAUUGAUUCUAUUUUAGAAUCGAAAGAUAAUACAAUUAAUAUAAAAAAUAUAUCAGAAAUUGAUGUUGAUAAUGAUUUUCAGUUUUUUAACGAUCAUCACACAAUGGAAUGUGAUGAUUAUUCUACAGAUAUGACGAGUAUCGAUGAAGGUUCUGAAUGCAAUUCACCAGCUCCAGAUGACACGAAUAUGUUCCUAUCUGAAGUUAUUGAUAGUCUAUUAAGAGGUUUUCAAGAUAGGCUUAAUUGUGAAAACUUAAUUUUAGAGAUAAAUUCAUCAAGAUAUGCAUAUAAUGUAUCCAUGAGAGAAGUAACAUAUAAUGUCAUUAAAGCUAUAUUAAGCUUGCCUUUCCAUUACCUUUCAGAAAAGAAAGAAGCUGUAGAUAAUCAAAAUUAUCAGAAAAACUUAAAAAUUAUGAUAAUUUAUUUUCAUCCAAUUAUUUUAAACUAUGUGAAAACAGAAGAUGCUCAAGAUGAUUGUUUACGUGCAGUAGAAGAGGUUGCUAGUACAACUCAAGAAUUAUUACCGUUUUUAAAGCAUUUGUUACAUGUUUUUUAUGAUAAAGAUGUAUUAUCAGAAGAAAAAAUUUUAGAAUGGUACAGAUCCAAUGAUAAAAGUAUAAAUGAGUUUCAAAACAGUAAUGUCAGAACUGUAAUACGACCGUUUAUUAAAUGGCUGGAAGAAGCUGAAGAAGAUACUAGUGGAAGUGAAGAUGAUGAAUAAUUGCAGACUGAAAAUAAAGAUACUCUGAUAAAAACAUGUAUAAAAACACACAUAUUAG